UGCUUUGACUUAACUACAAGCGUCUUUAUAGCCGUCCGUCACGUGAAUCCCCUGCUUGUUUCGAUUUCCCGCUCGAGGAGGAGGACGAAGCCAUGAGACGCACCAGUGGAUCGUUGACAGCAGCGCGAGGUGGAGGUGUGUCACGCUAUCCGAACAACUUGACCCUCUGCUCUAGACAAGGCAUAGUGGACAGUGCAACCUGGAAGAAAAGGAAUAUGUAAUGAACCUCGCACCGGAACUUAAGAUUGGAGAAGUGGAUUAAUAGUGAACAAGAAUUAACAAGAAAUUACCAAAUAGCACCUCAUGUGGACAGUGAAAGAGAAAAAAAAGAAUAUAUUUGAUGAACCUCUCGCCGGAACUUAAGAUUGGAGGAGAAAUGGAUUAAUAGUGAAGAAUAACAAGAAAUUACCAAUAGAUUAUCGUGUGCGUGGAAGACAUCAGUGUGAGCUUGGUGCACGUGUAGGGGAAGGGACGAGCCUGUACCUGCCAACCUGCCUGCUUACCUACCUGCUUGACCGGCGCGCUGACUGCUUCAAAUGAGGAGGAAUCUGUGCGCUUUUACCUGAUUGCUGAAGGAUUAAAAAGGAACACUGAGGAAUCAGCCUCCCGUUUAAAUCAUCAAGCCCCACGCGCCAUGGCAACGACAGCAAGUACAGCGGGCGAUGGUGGCGGGGACGACUGCCAGCGCGGGGAGGGAGGCUGAGGGUAGGGGGCGCCGCCGGGGACGCUGGUCGCUGCCCAGCCCUGUCCUGCCCCCGCACACAGACGCGCACGCCGGGGAAGGGCUUGCCGAAAUCACUGGUGUGGAGGACGGCGACGCGAAGGAGAUGGCCCGCGGCUGCCCCGACCCGGCCAUGAACAACGACAACAUCCACCCCUCCACGCCGACCAAUGCCCUCCAGGAGUGUGAGGUGCCGACCAUUCAGCUGCAGGACCCCGGAGCCGAGGAAGAGGACGAUGAUGCAGCCGUCUUCCUGCAGAUGCUCGGCCCCAACUAUGCCAUCACCGCGCGGUCCAAGGGCAGCAAACGCUCUAGCAAGGGCAGCAAAGAGGACUCGCGUAUGGGGUCGGCGGUGUCGAUGGCGCUAUCAAGGCAAAAGUCCACGCGAACGCUGGUGGACGUGACGACGCGCCUCACCCACUCCGGCGAGGGCCAGCUGUACCGCCUCCUGUCGGCCAAACGGAACCACCUCCAGCAGCUCAGCAACGACGUCUCGCUCCUGCACAACAGAAUCAAGGAGCUGGAGGAACAGAACCGCCUGCUGGUGCGCGUCAGCAAGCGGCAGGAGACGGCGCUGACCCGCUACCACGACAUGAAGAGCGAGCUGCCGCACAUCUUGGAGUCCCACAAAAUAGAGAUCAACGUCCUUCAGGAGAAACUACGACGGUCGACAGAGGAGAACCGGCGGAACAGUGAACGGCUGAAGCUUGACGACUCGCGCAUCCUCAAGCUGUCGGAGGAGGUGACGAAGCUGCGGGAGCUGAAUCGCAAACGGAACCUGCCGGAGCGAGACUACCUCAACAAGCAGCUCAUCACCGCCACGCACUCACUGCAGGAGAGGGAGAAGGAGGUGGAGGAGCUGAAGCGUCGCAUCGGCAUCCUGGAGAAGUCCCUGAGGCAGCAGGUGCAGGCGGAGGUGGCGCGGCACCGCACCACCGCCAAGAAGCUGUACAAUCUGCAGUGUGAACACCACGACCUGCAGGAAGUCCUCAAGGAGCGGGAACAGGAGCUGGAAUCUCUGAAGCAGUAUAGCCUCAGGACGGGAGACAGCGCCUCCACCACGGCACCCUCUUCGCGCUCCGGCUCCGUCUCCGCCAGGCACAAGCGAGGCAGCAGCUCCUCGGGAACGACCUCUACCUCGGGCGUCGUGUGCCCCGUCGACCCCCUAACCGGCAGUGAAUCGCGCAUGUCGUUCGCUUUGGAGGCCGCUGGUCGCCUGCCGCCCAUCAGCGCUGAGGCUCGGCGCCACAAGGAGGGGGACGGCGGCACAUUCCUGGGAUCGCCCGAGGCGCUGCCCAGAAGACAGCGGCAUCGCAGUCAGGCCUACGUCAAGGAUGGAUCCGAGGACCGCCGCCUGGGGAGGAUCAGGCGGGGCCGCCGGUCACCGAAAGAAGAGGGGUUCCUGUUCAGUCCCCGGUGUACACCCUCGCCCAGUCCCCCCACCACGCCGGAGCCUCACGCCCAUCGCUCUGACCCGGACGGCGACGCGCUGGAGGACGGCAGCCACUACCAGCACGGCGGCGCCGACCACAGGAGGCGACAACGCUUACCCACGCGGGGCGAAAGACACACGGCCAAGGAACAAGGAACUCCAGCGGAUGACGACAAAGACACAACCAGUGAUGACGCCAAACCCGCGCUCAGAAGGGAGUUCUCACUGAUAGAAAACUACCCACCUAAGGAGCGCGUCAGCCUCCACGGCGGUUCCAGCGGCGGAGCAUCUGACAGCGGCAGCACUCCACCUCCCCCUGCGCCUCCACCGCCCAAGCCCCUCAUCGAUGCUCGCCUUCCCCCACACCUUACCCGCUUCGAUUCUGCAGGGCCCGGUCGAAGUCCCCUACAGAGGAGGAAGACAAUGAAAGCCGAGGAAUUGCGCACCUCCUCCAGCCUCUCCAAACUGGAUGGUGAGGCUCCGCUGAAGCCUGUCCGCACCGCCAUCACGCCCUGAGCCGCGCGAGUGUUCGGUGCCUACGGCAGCCACGAGAACUACAGGUGUUGUCUUCUACCGUGGCUGCUCGUCAUUGUGAAUAAACCGAAAGUGUACAACGAUUACCUUUUAAGCUAGUCUGUAUCUCUCCUGUGUAUAGACCUUCUAAGUCACUUAUAAGUAUAAGUUAUUCUUGUCUAUAAGCACUUGAGUAUUCUUGAACGGUUACGGAGCCGAUGGACACGAUAUGAGGCGGUCCCUGUAUGAGAAACAGAAAGGAUCGGUACCGCCGUGUGAGGGAAGGUCAAGCGGUAAUGUCAACAACAACUUAACGCACACAUCGCAGAGAAUAAAGCACGGCACGUUAUUUAUGUCGACACACACACGUUAUAGCACCUUGAACUCUGUUGAAUUAGCCAGACUAAUUUUACAGAGUUCAUACCGCGGUAGCAACAGUAAGGUGAAAGAGGUUCUCGUUCGGGUUGGCGACGACCAACUCACUAGAACCCGCGACUCGCCCGUCACCCGCCUCGCCACCACCUGCACAGUGUCUUGUAGGUACAUGACCGCAGCUUGGCAUUUGGUAUCUUCUCAUUAAACAAUAAAGGUCCAUCAGUCCACAUGUCAAAUACAAGUAAAAAAGAGAUUCACUGUG